AUGCGGGGAGGCCAGAAGCGCCCGUCCGCCGCAGGCGGAACUCCCCGCGGGGAGACGGCGAUGGGGACGCUCUUCAUCCUCAUCCUCCUCGCUAUAGUCGGCUUCGCUGCAACGUACAGCGUGCUCUCCGCGCUCUCCCCGCCGCCGCCCUCCAUUCUGGUCGACGACGAUCUGCAGCUGGAGGCCGCUUCCCCGCAUCUGGAGCUGUGGGGGGAUGCGGUGAAGUGGGGGAGCAACAACCCCACUGAUACUGCCGCCGCCUGCUGCCAGCAGUGCAAGGACAUGUGUACUGGUGCGGUGUGCCAGUGCAACGCAUGGGUGUACUGCGGUAACAAGGAGCUCUGCAAGGAUAACUAUAGGCAGUGCUGGCUGAAGCGGCAGGAGGACGUGUUGAAGCCGGAGGUGUACGGCAAUGGCCCUGACAUCCCAUGGACGUCCGGACUCGUGCAUGGCGCGGGCAAGGGCAUCAUAGCGCUCCACACAGAGCAUGGAGUCAUUCGCAUCAAGCUGCUGCCCUCGUGGGCGCCCAAGACAGUGGGGUACAUUCGGGAGCUGCUGCAUCUCAAGUACUGCACCGGCUGCCAGCUUUACCGCGCAGAGGGGCUGGGGGAGGGGUGGAGCAAGGACGGCAGCAGGACAAGCAAGCCCCCUGGUCCCCCCUACGCUCUCCUGCAGGGCAUAUUCUUAACAGACGGCCUACCCUUCAAGCCCAUCCCCCGCGAAUCAGCGCCCAUCGUCAAACGGGGAGACGUGUGUCUGGUAGGGGAAGGCCCUGAUUUCUUCAUCUCUCUUGCGGAUCACACCGAGUGGGGCCACGCGCACACAGUUUUCGGGCGGGUGCCCGAUGAGGAUCUGGACGGGCCGGUUGCGAAAAUUUUGGCGCUGCCCGUGAAGCAGGAGACCUGGGGCAGCACGAAGGUAUUGGCACUGGAGAAUCCGGUUGGGUUUGAGGUUAAGCGGGACACGAGUGGGGUGCAGUUUUAG